AUGGAUAUGCCUUUAUUCUUCUCCAAUUACAGCAAUUUCCGCAAGCUACAACGAAUUGUUGGGUACAUUCGUCGGUUUGCUAAUAAUUGCCGUAAGCAGAAUCAAGCCGACCGAGAACUCAGAUCCCAUCUGACCGUCCAUGAGCUUCGCCGUGCAACAGAAACCAUCAUCCACGUCUUACAGCAUGCACACUUUGCUGACGAAAUCAAACGAGUCCUCGACAACGAACCCUGCAAGAGUUUGCUCCGUGUUGGUGGCCGACUUGACCGAUCGCAACUACCAUUUGAAAGUCGCCAUCAAAUUAUCUUACCGGAUAAGGAUCCGGUGAUUCAUCGUUUCAUCCAGCAGAUGCACGUCGAACUUCUUCACGUUGGGCAAACAGGUUUGCUGAAUGCUCUUCGCCAAAGGUACUGGCUCCUGAAAGGUCGAUCCAUCAUCCGUUUCAUCACCUGUCGAUGGGUUAAAUGCUUCCGACCCAAUCCUACGACACCCAAUCAACUAAUGGGAAACCUGCCAGCGUCGAGAGUGAUGCCAUCGCCCCCGUUCGCCAUAACUGGUGUGGAUUACGCUGGCCCCUUCUGGAUUAAACAAAGGUCACGUCGUCCAACGCUGACCAAGGCGUACGUAGCAGUCUUCGUCUGCAUGGCAACUAAGGCUGUGCACCUGGAAGUCGUCUCCGAUUUGAGCACCAAUGCUUUCCUGGCAUCUCUAAGAAGAUUAAUUGCUCGCCGAGGAAUGAUUCAUGAAUUGCACUCGGACAACGCCACCAACUUCCGAGGUGCGAAUCAUGAAUUGAACAGCCUAUAUCAACAAUUCCAGAAUCAGCAGGCUGUGAACGCCAUCGAAUCCUUUUGUCGCAGCCGUGAAAUCGAGUGGCAUUUCAUCCCGCCAGACGCACCGGAGUUCGGCGGCCUCUGGGAGGCAGCCGUGAAAUCCUGUAAAACACAUCUGAAGCGUGUUGUCGGCAACGUGAAGCUGACAUUUGAGGAGCUUUCGACUGUCAUAGCUCAAAUCGAGGCCGUCUUGAAUUCCCGCCCUUUAUUCACCAUCUCGAAUGACCCGGCGGAUCCACGAGUCCUCAUCGGACGACCACUCACCGCUCCAGCUGAGCCCUCCUUAGAAGACGUCAAGGUUUCCCGUUUGGCGCGCUGGCAACAUCUUCAACUCCUUCGUGAACAUUUUUGGAGUGAUUGGAGCAGAGAUUAUCUGAACACCCUGCAACCCCGAAAGUAG